AUUACAGUCUAGGGCUUGCUGCUGAAAAGCCCGCUGGAUCCUCCACUGACCUGCUGUUCUUUCCUGCUUUCCUCUCGCGUUUUUUCCACAUUUAGAUUAAAAACAAAGCUCUCACUCUCUCUCUCUCUCUCUCCCUUCUCCCCUCCCUUCUUCUUCUUCUCCUCCUUCUUCUCCUUCUUCUUUUCUGCGGCAGCAGUCAAGGCAGAGGCUUCAGUGUGUCAGAGAGAGGGUGAAGAGAGAGGAAAAAGCUGAGAAGAACACUAUUUGGACGGAGCUGAGUGUGUGUUUAUGUUUGUAUGUUUCGCCAUUGGACGGCCGGGUGAAGGGGCAUGAGGAGAGGAGUAGGAGGAGGAGAAGAGGGGAGCCUGCCUGGAUGAAAUGCUCUGUGUCAUGUCACUACGUGUGGACCUUGACUGAUCACAGGUUGAGGAAAAGGGAGAGACACUGAGAGGAAGACAAGGAGGUGGAGAGAGAGGAGGACUUGAACUGAGAACUGAGACUUUUCACUGGGAAAAGAAAACGAAGAAGGAGAAGGAGGUAAAGUCUGGUGCUCCGUGUUUAUCAUGACAUUGUUGGAUAAAGCAACCGACGGAUUGAGCGCUCUUCAGUUGUGUGUCAACAGGAAUUCGCCUUAGAAGACAGAGAGAGGGAGAGCUAAGGAGAAAAGAAGGAGAGAGACUCUGGAAGAGUAAAGACUGCUGUGUUCAACCCAGCUAAGGAGUGUGUGUGUGUGUGUGUGUUUGUGUGUGUGGCUGUGUAACCGGUGGAGGGCAAAGGAGUGGAGGGCCAGGGGACUAACCUGGCCAUCAAACGGACUGGCAGCCUCUCCUCUCCUGGGAUCAUGUACCCUCAGGGCAGGCAUCCGGUCCCCUUGCAGCCUGGCCAGUCUUUCAAGUUCACAGUCCUGGAAACUCUGGACCGUAUCAAGGAGGAAUUCCAGUUCCUCCAGGCGCAGUAUCACAGCCUGAAGCUGGAGUGUGAGAAGCUGGCUAGUGAGAAGACUGAGAUGCAGAGGCACUACAUCAUGUACUAUGAAAUGUCCUACGGUCUCAACAUUGAGAUGCACAAACAGGCAGAGAUUGUGAAGCGUCUCAGUGCCAUCUGCGCUCAGAUCAUCCCUUUCCUCUCUCAAGAGUAUGACACCAUCCCUCUCCACCCCCUUGCUCCCCGCUCCCUCCUUUCCCUGUGGCCACAGCAGCAGCAGCUCCAGCACCUGUCUCACCACGCCCCUGGCAUCCCCCUGACGCCACACCCAUCAGGGCUGUCCCUGGGUGCGGGCGGCUCAGGGCUUCUUGCGCUGACCGGGGCCCUGGGGGUCUCAGCCCACCUUGCCUCCAAGGAUGAGCGCAACCACCUUGACCCUGAACAUCUCAGAGAGGGAGCACCCAGCAGGAACCCCCGCAGCCCCACCCCAGGGAAAGCCAAGGACCCUGCACAGUUGGAUAAGUCCCAGUCUCCUUUGUCCAAGUCUGGCACCCCAUCCCCGUCCCACCGUGAAGCCCUUACCCCCGGAGCACCAGGAGCCCCAGGAGCCCCCGGUCCCAGCACCUCCUGCCUUCGUCUGGUCAGCAAAGCAGCAUCCAGUGCAGACCCCCUUGCUCUCCGCAGUCCCAUGUCUGUGCCCCCUGGUUCAUACCCGGCUCAUUUUGGCGUGGUGUCCCACGCAGGACUGAAUGGAGAGCUGGCCAGCCCGGGAGGUUUCGGUGGGGCUCUAACUCUCUCCCCGCAAAUCAGCACAGCGGCCAACGCCUACUCCCGAAGCCCCAUGGUGGCGUAUGACUCUCGGUCUCACCUGAGGGCCCCAGGGCUGUCCUCCUCUCUGCCUGGUUCCUCUGGUGGCAAGCCCGCCUACUCGUUUCACGUGAGCGCAGACGGCCAGAUGCAGCCGGUGCCCUUUCCCCCAGACGCCCUUAUAUUUACUGUAUUUGAUGAGGAAGAGAAGCACAGUUUGAAGAUCACAGUGAGAACCAGCCCAGUACCAGCCCAGUACCUCAAUGAGUACGAGGGUUCCUGUGUGAAAUGGCCUCUCACCGGUGGCUUGAUGAUUGACAGCCCUGCUGCGCUUGUAGCAGGGAGGGAGCGGAGGAGAAGGGAGGGGGAUCGACUUGAGAUCAUAUCUUUUCUAACAUCUUUCUCUUUGUGUUUGUUUCUCUCCAUCUGUCUCCAUCCAUCUAUCAUCACAUAUCUCGCUCUCUGUCUCCCUCCCGGGUUUGUGUCUGCGUCUCUCACCCGCUCCCAGUCCAAGGAGUCCUCGUCUGUGCUGAGCUGUGACGUCUCCCCAGACGACAAGUACAUAGUGACGGGCUCCGGGGACAAGAAGGCCACGGUGUACGAGGUGGUGUACUGAGGGCUCGGACGAGAUGGGAGGAGACAGGACAGAGAUUUUGGGGUGGGGGUUUUUUUUUUUUUUUUUGGAUGAGGGGAAGGGGCAACCAGUUGCCCUGCCAACUGCUCCUGAUCCUCAUUACAUCAGCAACAGCAAGCACCCCUGUCUCAGUCCUCCUGACCCUUACCCUUAAUACAUCACCCCCUCUCCCCCUUUUUGCUGUGAUAUAAGCUACAGUGGAAGCUCCCAAAUGCCCCUUUGCCUCCUCCCCCCUUCCACAUUUAGCCCAAGGAUGAAUCAUGAUAGCAGAGAAAGGCAGAAAGGGAAGCAGCAAGAUAAGAAGGACAAAGGAAAAGGGCGGUGGAGCAUAAAGAUAAAGUCGGGAAGCGAAGGAGGGAAAGACGAGAAGGAGGAGAGAAAGCGAGAAGGAAGAGAAAUGACAGCGAGGAAGAGGAGGAGGAGGAGGGAGGUAGGGUAAUUAGGGCUGUUUCCUGAUUAAGAGCUCAGUGGAAGGGAGGCCCCCAGAGGAGGCGCGGAGCGGCACUGUGGGAGCGCCAGCCAGGAGCACUGAUACCACACAAUCGAUUCAUUAGCCAGACAGUGGAAGCCUUAAUGAGGCUGACGCCGCAGCUCGCUCUCCCCAGCGAGAGGUGUCAGGAGCUGGGGAACGAUGACGCUCCGAGAUGGAGGGGGCCGCUUCAGAUAUCCACAUACACUGACAUGAAACAUAGACCUGCUAACACACACACACACACACAGGCGCACGUCAUCAGGCAAGAAUACACACAAACUCGGAUACACCCCCUUGAGGUAAUCGUAGGAAGACAGAAACACACACACACAACACACAGAGCACCCAAUUAAACAUUCAUCGCAGCACUCCCCGUCUCACUGCUUAAUAUCUAUUUUAUUUUGGUCUGACAAAGGCAGCGUCUAAUGAGCAGUGGAGUCAAUGGGAUUCUCCCAGGGCCCACAGACACAAACAGAGAACAUCAGCCGAGCUGUUCCCUCUAAUUCCUCUGGAUUGUUCUCCUGACACCGGGCGCUGCACUCACUCUCAUUAAAGGCACUGUCUGCUAGAUGAAGUAGCAGUACGCCAACUUCACUGUAAGGCAGACAAGAGGGCAAAUUAACACCAACCGAUUACGCUAUCAUCAGCAGCCAACUAAACAGCGACUAAUCCGAAUCCUUUCAAAUUUUAUGCAACUAGUUGCUGUUUUCAUUUGCAAACCGGAUGAGAUUACAUGUUUAUCAGAGUCAUUAUCUCCAUCUCUGCCUGCCUGCUGAUGUGCUAGUGUUCAAAGUGCUCUGGUUAAAUAUAAGCUAUUGAUUGCUAUUAAUUGAGAUGCUAAACACCUUAAUGGAAAAGUUCCACAUUUUGGGGAGAUUUAGAUGAAAGGAUCGAUCGAUACCACUCUCGUGUUAAGUAUGAAGCCUGCUAACCUAGCUUAACAUAAAGAGUGAAAACAGGAAUUGGUAACAAGGUAAAAAAAUCUGCACACCAGCACCUCUGAAGCUCAGCAGUUAAAACAUUAUAUCUCAUCUUGUUUUUAUCCCCACAAAAGCAAGUGUUAAAAUGAGAAAUCACUGUUUUACAGUGGGUUAUGUGUCGGACUAUUCCUCAGUCCGACGCAGUAACUUGGAUUGAAUUUGCCUGCUAGUUUCUUAGAAUUUACAUUUCAGUUAUGGUACACAUUGAGAAAAAAAAAUAUAUAACUUGUUACUGAGUGAUCUUAAGAGAUGCUGGUUGGUGGAUUUUGUUCCCUUUCCCUUUUUUCCAGUCUUUAUGCUUAACACUAAGCUAAACGGCAGCUGGCUAUAGUCUUAUAUUUACUGUAGAGACCUGAGAGUGGUAUCAAUCUAGGUCUCUACAAGAAAGCGAACAUUUCCCAAAACGUCAAAGUGUUCCCGUGAACCCGAUUCUUACUUUUCAAUCCUCCUUGUAUCAUAUUCCAGACUGGCAGGCAAACUGUAUAUCAGAGCUCUCUGCUUCUAUAGAACAUGCGUCACCAAUGUGUAGACUAAAAAGGCACAUUUCAAGCUUUUCUUUUAUUACUCAUUUAUUUCAGUAUUUUUUAUGAAUAGUGAUUGCUUGUCUUAUGUAAUUAUAUGUUUAUGUAUUGGGGGUUGCCUAUGACUGCGUUUCGGGUUCGGGGGAGCAGACAGAGAGGGAUGCACUCACACAUGCAGACAUACAAAAUCAAGUGGAACACAGGGGGAAAAAAUAUUUCUGUUCUUUUACCUUUUUUUUUAUCAGUGUAUUUUUAUCCUUGGUGAUGGUGACAGGCAGAGGGCAUACAACAUCAGCAGUCCCAUGUAAAGAAAAAAAAAAUAGAAAAAGAUCCUCUGUCUUCUGUUUGUUGUUUUUGUUUUAUCCCCCUUUUUUUCAAAAGUGGUAGUAAAUGUACUAUAGUUGGUUUUCAGUCCUUAUUGUGCAACUAAACUAUGUUUCUGUUGAGUCUGUGGUCAGUGUACAGCAGGCGUCGGACGAUACAGAUUUAGCCAUCGAAGAGGUCCCACUUUUUACUGCAUGCUUGUUGCACUAAAGCUCCACAUCUGGUGAUAGAAUGAGACAAAUCUGAUGUUAUUCAAUAAGUGCAGUGAAUGGUCUCGCAGCCACAGUUUUACUAAGGGAUGAAUUUUACAUUACAAGUAUGCAAUUUAGUUCAGUUGUAUAAACUUUUAGCAAGAUUUAUCCAUGUUUCUCGCUGCAGUGCUAGUGCGGGGAUAGAAGAAUUAUGAGGGACUUCUACAAUGGCUACUGUACCAGCAGUGAGGAGUCAGAGAUCAUCUGUACAGUUUAAUGCCUUUGCCUGCCUCUUUUCCUUUCUGGCUGUCAGUGACAGACAGACCUAAAUGAUAUUCUCAUACACAAGCUUGUAUACUACUCAGAAUGAUGCUGUAUAAUGGCUAUGCAUUUGGUGGUAUAGCGUGAAUAUUUGGGACAUCGUAUUUGAUACUUUAACUGUUGGUGACGUCUCUACCCCCUGCCUGUGCUUUCUCUGUUCCAACACUAUAAAAAGUUUUUAUUUCCGUUUUACAAGUCCAUGUUUGGUUUCUCUUUUAAAAAGCCAAGGAACUUUUUUUCUUUUUUUUUUAAAUGCUCUGUGUCUUCUUCCCUCCUGAUGCGUUUCCCAUGUGCUGUACAAGAAAUACUAUGUGUGAAAAAUAAACCAAACUUGUGUUCAUCC